AUGGCUCCAAGACGCGGUGGAGGAGGCUCAAGCUUCGGCUCAAGUGCCAGCGCAAGUUGCCCUCACCCAUUCAGUACCGACGGCUACUAUGGCUACUACACGACCCGCAUUGAGGUGUUCGUCGCUUAUUGCCUCCUCUGGGUAGCUCUCCUCGGGCUCAUCGUCGCUCGUUCGAAGGUGGUGAAGAAGUUGCCCGGCGCAACCAUCCUUAUCGGACCCCUCUUCUUGGGAUCCGUCUGGUCUGCUUUCUUCGCAACAUCUUUGAUGAUUGUGGGAACGAUGUUAUUGGAGUGCAGCACAACUCCACCCCUCACCUAUAUGUACUGGGUCCUGGUCUUCAAUAUCUUCUACUCCCUCAGUCUCUACCUUCUGUUGGUGCUGGUAUUUUACACCGUUAAUAAGGCCCUGCACCAGCACUUGAACAACACUCCGGGCUACCUCAGAAUCGUGAACUACGUGGUCCUCGGCUUCAUGGGUAUCUUGACCGUUGCUCUGACCGGUCUCUGGUCCUACAACUACUAUGCCGCGAGCGAAGCCGGUCGGAUCGAGAGUGCGCCAUUGCUAUCAGAGGAGGCCAAUAAGCUCGACAUUGCCUACUUUGUAUUCUAUCUGGUGACUGUUUCGGCCGGAGGUGUCCUUGCAAUCAUGUCGCUUGUCUCCAUGCGCUCUCGCAAGAUUCCCACGGGCAACCUCUUUGCCCAGAUCAUAGGGUUGUACGUUAGCAUGUUCAUCUGGGUACUGAUCAACCUCAUCGAAGACGGCACGUACCUCCCAGACGUGGACAACUUCUCCCGCGACGUCUACAUCGCCUUCACGUACAUCCGCUACAUCUUCUGGGUUGCGUCCUGGUCGCUGCUGCUCUCCAUCGCGGCGUCUCCCGUCUUCAAGUCCUCGGUCGUCGACAACGUGGAGCCCAACCCCUACGCCCCGCAGCCUUACUACCCAGUGCAGCAGCAAGGCCAGCCGCAGUUCGCUGCUCCGCAGAACGGAGGACAACAGUAUUACUACCAGCAGCAUCCCAUCCAUACGAACGGGGCGCCGAUCCCGGCCCCUGGCAAUGGCAAUGGCCAUGUGGUGCAGGUCAAAUGA